AUGGGGCAGGCGAAUUCCACGUUCGAAAGGCCACACUCGCCCCCCACCUCGCCCGUCGGCCGCUACAACUUCCCUCCGCCGCUCUUUCCGCCCUCCCCUUCCGCCGCGAUCCCCUCCCCGCGCCUGACCACUCCGCGCGCGUGGCAUCUGGACGUCGUGCGCGCGGUCUUCUCCGACAGCGACUGCGUGCACGACGCCGUGUCGGGCCUCUUAACUCAUCGCUCGCUGUCGCUGGGGCAGGCGCUGUCGCACAGGCACGUGGGAAGCAGCCAAUCAGAGGCGCGCGCUAAGCCUGGCGAAAGUCGCACAGCUUCGCAGGGGCAUCUGGGGCUGGAGGCUGCGAAAGUGGAAGAAGUGUUCGUGGUGGGGCUGGCGAUGUGGGUCGAAUUCUGGAAGCAAUGGGCCAAACCUGCCAGCCACGGCGCCGAAGCUGCAGCCUCGGCGCUAGGCUCGGGAUUAGGCUCGGCGGGGCAGGGGGGGAAGCUGGGGAGGGGGGCCGGGCAGUGGGGGCGGAAGGGCGCGGAAGGGGGGCUGCGGAGUCUGAAGAAGCGGAGGGAGAGGAUGAGGCGGAAAGAAGGGGGGAAAGGGGGAGGUGCGGGGAAGGAUGGGGGAGUUUUGGGCAAAGAGGGGAAGGAGAGGGUUCUAGGGGGUAAUUCCGUGCUGGAAGUGCAGUUGGAUGGGUUAAGUUGCAAGAAACCCUUGGAAGAAGGGACGUUUUUCUCAGUUGACCUGGGGGAUGAGGAGGGGGAUAAAGGGGGAAGAGGGGAGGCGGAGGGGGGGAUGGAGAGUAUCGAUUUGACUAGUGGGAGGGGGGGAGGGGAGGGGGAGAAGGGGCAGACGGGGAGGAAGGGGAGGAAGGGGGGAACACGGGCAGGAUUCUGGAAGCUUCAGGUAGAGGGCGACCUGCGGGCGGAGGCCGGGCGGCAACUGCAGGAGCAGCUUUUGGCGGAUCUGCUGGAUGGGCGGCAGGGCGCUCUGGGCGGCAAGCAGGGCGCAUGGGGGGAGGUCAGCAGUCCUGCAGGUACCCCCACUCCCUCCCCUCCUCCCCCGCCCCCUCCGCUGCAACACACUGAUGUGGUGCGGGUGCUGGGGUUGGCAGCAGCAGCGUCUAAUUGUCUGCCUUGCCUGCUAGACUUAGUAGACGCCUUGGCUCUUAAAUGCCGGUUAAGACUACAACCCCCCACUGCCAGCGCGUAUCUAGAAGGAAUGGGGGGGGUCAACGGGGUGGUUGCUGGGAUGGAAGGUUAUGGACUGGAGGGGUACGGGAUGGGGGGGUAUGGGGGAGUGGCGACGCCUACAGGGAGUGUGACAGUGAUAAAGGGGUUCCGGGAAGACGAGGAGAGUGCAGCAGGGAGUGUGUCAGGUGGCAAGGGCACGAGAAGCAGCACAGCAGGUGGCGGCAGCAGCAGUACCUCACCACUGCUCAACGGAGUCAACCCGGCUCUCUUCCAGCGCCAGCCUUCCUGGGCCUCCGGCAAGCCUGCUGCUGCCACUGCCACUGCUGCUGGUGGCCGUUCCUCGCUGUACCGUCAGCCGUCCUGGGGUGGCGGUGGGGGAGACAGUGCGUUGUUUCAGCGCCAGCCGUCGUGGCAGGGGGGUGCGUCGCCUUUCCAGCGGCAGCCGUCCAUUGGCUUCCGCAACAAGAUCGGUGCCUUGUUCCUGGGGGACGAGCGGGGGGCAGGAGGGGACGGUGCGGAGGAGGAGGGCGGCAUGGGGGAUCUGUCGAGGCUGUGGAGGAGGCAUGGGACGAUAGGCUCGGGUGUGGGUCGGGCAGGAAGCAUGUCCAUCUCUAAUGCUCCUGCUCCCAUGCGCCGCGCCACUGCUGGAGCCGCCACUGGUGCUGGUGGUGCUGGUGGUGCUGGUGGUGCUGGAGGGGAGUUAGCAUCCUCUGCAUCUGUCUCUGCUGCAGGGUUCUUUGGUCCCACGCGACUCACAGAGCUGGCAGAGCUGGCACUCGUUCGAUCCAUUCUCCACGCCCCUCCCAGCACCACGGCUGGCAGGACCAGCCUAGCUCCCACCCCUCCCAACACCUCUCCCCAUGGUCCUUCCAACGCCCCUACCAACGCCCCCACCACCAACCAGUCCACUUCCUACUCGCACCGUCUUCGCCAGCUGGACUCGCUUCUCACCACGCACGCGCUCGGCCCCCGGGAUUCUCGCCCUCGUUUUGGCCGGGGAAGUUGCGGAACUACCCCAUUUGACCCAGGAGGACCUGUGGCUUUUAGCCGAUAG